AUGAAAAUUUUAGAGGAAAAAAAUGUAGAAGUGAAAUUAACUACCCUUCUUCGAAUGGCAGCAGAUGAUGUGGAAGUGUAUAUGACUGAACGACCAGAGUCAGAAUUCCAAGACCUAAAUGAAAAGGCCUGAGCUCCUAAACAAACUCAGAGUAAGAUCCCAGAUGAGAUCAAUAUCAGAGUGAGGUUUCUGCAGACAAUCAAGGCUCUACCUAGCACUAUAAAUACAGUGAAUAAUGUCUUCAAGAAAUAGUAAUAUCAGAACUACAGGACACUUGAAUGCCAAAAGAAAGAAUUUGUAAAGUACUUCAAAAGUUUCACUCUGGAAAUCUAUUUUGGCAAGGCAAUAAAUGUAUUCAUAAAUGCUGACUGACUAAAUCAUCAAACCAACUAGGUAUUUCAGACCUUCAAAACUAUGCCCUCAGAGUUGUACAUGUCAAGAGAUGUGUGUCUCAGUGGCAGUGUUGAACUACCUUUAUCUGUAAAUUUUAAAGUCUGA